AUGUUUGUGUUUGAAAACUCAUUAUCGUGUUUGUGUUUGAAAACUCAUUAUCAUGUUUGUGUUAGAGAACUCCUUAUCGUGUUUGUGUUUGUGUUUGAGAACUCCUUAUCGUGUUUGUGUUUGAGAACUCCUUAUCGUGUUUGUGUUUGA